ACCCUAAACUACAAAACCCCAAUUGAAAACUCUCUUCUAAUUUCUUGCUCUCACCAUUCUUUUUUCUUUACACAAACUCUUUUCUUUUCUUUUCUUUUCUGUUCAAAAGAUAUAUCUCAUAUGGCCUGUGUUAGGUUUGCUUGCUUUUUGUUGGUUGUUCUUCCUGUUACAUCACUCUCCAUCAUCAAGUUUCAUCAACAAGAAGACAAAGAUGCAGCUGAAGAUAGGGUUGGUUCACUCAAAAUGGAACCUUUGAGGAACAAUAACAUUGGAGGAAGAAGAUUAGGAGUAUUGAAUAAAGAGCUCAUGGAAAUGGAGAAUAGCAAAAGCUUUGGAAAAAAUGGGUCUAAAGAGAAGACUUCAAAUAUGGUUUUUUCAAGUGCAGCCAAUGAAGAAAAUGGCAAAAAGAAGAAUGAUAAGAAGAAGGUUUCAAGUUUAGAAACAAAGAAAAUGGGAAUUAGUGGGUCAACCGUUGUUGUUUAUAAUAAUGCUGAUUAUUUGACUUAUAUGCAUCACCCACCAAAACAUAAUUGAUUCCCAAAACAAAAACAAAAAAAAAAAGUAUCGAAGCUUUUGGUUCUUAAAGUUCUUGUUUUUAUGUUAAAUAUAUAUAUAUAAAACAUAUAUAUAUAUAUAUAUCCAAUUUUCCUAUCUUCUUAUGAUAUAUGUUAUAUAUAUGAGUUCCACUAUAUAUAUAUGUGUGUGUAGUCAACAACAAAUUAAGCUAAAGUUUUUUUUUCUUGAGUUUUUACUCAAA